UGUGUAAACGUGAAACACAGGAAUUGUCGGUACUAUUGGAGGAUUUGUUACCAUCGCACUAAAAUCUUCAUCAACAGCAGUGUAUAUUAAUCAGGAAAAGAAUAGAAAUACGGGACGUAAAAUCAGACCCAGACAACUAACGACCCGAAAGUCACUAACAUGCAGCAAACUAAAGAAGCGUCGCUCUCAAGUCUUCCAUUGGAAAUACUGGAACAUAUUUUUAGUUUCCUGCACACAGAUGAUCUUCUACAGGCUAUGUCUGUGUGCACAAGUUGGAAGUCUCUAAUCUUGAAAAGUUCAAAUCUGUGGCGUUGCCAAAAGUUCACCUUUGACUGCACUGUCCGACCCACCAAAAGGAAAAAAGUCGACAUGAUGUUUUGUGUACAAACUUUCGGACACCAUUUUCAAAUGCUAACUGUUAAGUGCCAACAUCCUUUCUUCCAUGCUUGCAGGAAAAUGGCGGACCAGUUCAACCUGUUUCUCACAGUUCUUAAUGCGCCUGAAUUAACCUUGUUCAAAGUUUCAGGUCUACGAAUGGAAUGCACCAGUAAGAUUGUCAUCAAAAAAAUGUGUAGCAAAUUGACGCAAAUGUUGGCCAGGAACUGUCAUCUGAAGGUCUUUGAGAUGCCGGCCGCCCACUGGCCAACCCAAGAGGGUCAGGAGCUCUUGGACAUAGUGUUUCAAAAGUCCAGAAACACUCUUGAAACACUGAAUAUUGCGGAAUAUUUUGUCUCUCUCGGAGGGUUGCGUUCGGAACUGGACUGGCUUUCGGCCGGACUGACGUCAUUGACAAAGCUAACAAGUUUGUCUAUCAACAUUUUCAACUUGACGGAUGAUCUGGUUGUCGCCCUUGCGGAGGCCAGAAGAAAUGAACUGGCUUAUCUCUCUAUAUGGGCCAACUUUGUAUUGCCGAUCGCUCCUCAUAUACAACAAGAUAGCUGGAAAUAUCUGGCGAAAGCUUGUCCCGAUAUGGAAGUGGAAUUAAGGAUAGUCGGUUAUGUUUCCAAAGCGCAUCUGUCUCUUCCCGCCUUGUUUGAGUCAAUAGUUCUUCCUGUUGGAAAACUGAAGAUGAUUAUAAAUAAGACAAUUCCUCCAUUUCCAUGGCCUUUGAAAAGGAUGGAAGUUGUGUUGGAUCACAUAAGAAUCCAUUACGGGCCAUUACUCAAGAGUUUUAAAAUGGAAAUCGACAACAGGAAAAAGGAAAACUUUGACAAGUCUUUGAUCAAGUUAGUUAAAGACUGUCCUCGUCUGGUCUAUGUUAAGGUGUCAGCUUCGUACCACUCGUGCGAUACAGUCAAGACAAUGGAAAAGAUAGUCACAGAGAGACGUCAGCCACCUCUCACUUGCAAUGAUCAACAUGACAAAAACAUCUAAUUCUGAGGACCCCAUUGACAGUCCAUCUGCCCUUAAAGAUCGUCUCAACAUUAGACUGAAGGCGUGAUUUCAUCUCGUGACACAUUGCAAAUAUAACAACACCUGAUCACAGUAGACUAAAUGACUACCUAUAAAUACAAUUAAUUAACAAUAAACAUUUUGAUCGAAAAAUUCAUUUGUUAAAACUAGAAAUACUUGUCAAAAAUUUGACUAUUAAACUGAGUUUUAUAAAUCUA